GCCAGUUUUUCUCUCAAAUAGAAAAUUCUCUCUAGAACCUUCUCUUCUAUUUCCGCCAUUGUCGUCUUCACUGAAGCUCUCAAAUCUCCAUUAGUAUUGUUUUUCCUAUUAUCUUUGACCUCCAUAUCUUUUCCCUUUUUUCUGGUCAACUUUUUAAGGAUCGCAAAAAUAAAAAUACUGAGGAUGCACUUAUCGGAUCCAUGCCCAUAGUAUUUUCCUUUUUCCCCGGGAGCGAAAAGUGUGCAGCAAAAACACAAAUCAAAAGAACAAGGCUAACACCCAAUAAAAUAAGAUCCUUUUUUAAGUAAGAAAUGGACGGUCCAAUUAUAAUAUAAAAAUAAGUCAAUAUUAGCUGCCAAUUUUAAUUAUCAUCAGAGUGGAUAAAAGGAAGAUGCUUUGGAUAAUUAGCUACAAAUAAUUCAUUUCCUUCCCUCUUCAAACUUGUUCUUUUCUUUUUCUUCUUUCUUCUCCUAAUAAUCCACUCUUUUUCAGAAUUUGUGGAAACAAAAUCCCAAAAUUCAAGAAUGGCAAAGUCCUCUGGCAUUCUUGCCACUGCGGCUACGCUUGUGUCUUUGACUGUGUUUUUAAUGUCAGUGACAGUCACGGCAAGAGAGUUUCCAAUUCAUCCUUAUUUGAAAAUUCAAGAUAGACUCUCCAUAUCUCAGCUCUAUGAUACUUCCAAUUAUGGUGUUCUUCAAAUCGACAAUGGCUUGGCUCGAACUCCUCAGAUGGGGUGGAGUACCUGGAAUUUUUUUGCUUGCAAUAUUAAUGAAACAGUCAUCAAGGAAACAGCUGAUGCACCCGUAUCAACUGGUUUGGCUAGCCUGGGUUAUACUUAUGUCAACAUCGAUGAUUGUUGGUCCAGAUUGACUCGAGAUUUAAAGGGUCAAAUGAUUCCUGACCUGAAAACUUUUCCAUCUGGAAUUAAAGCUCUAGCUGAUUAUGUGCACUCAAAGGGUCUAAAGCUAGGUGUUUAUUCUGAUGCUGGGGCUUUUACAUGUCAAGUUCGACCUGGCUCACUGUUUCAUGAAAAAAAUGAUGCUGAACUUUGGGCAUCUUGGGGUGUUGACUAUUUGAAGUACGACAACUGCUUCAAUCUAGGCCUCCCACCACAAAAGAGACACCCGCCCAUGCGUGAUGCCCUUAAUACUACUGGACGGACUAUAUUUUACGCACUUUGUGAAUGGGGUGUCGAUGACCCUGCCAAAUGGGCUGGAAAAAUUGGAAACAGUUGGCGUACAACAGAUGACAUCAAUGAUACAUGGGCUAGCAUGACAACUAUUGCUGAUAUCAAUGACAAGUGGGCAUCGUAUGCUGGACCUGGUGGAUGGAACGAUCCUGAUAUGUUUGAGGUUGGAAAUGGGGGCAUGAAUUACCACGAGUACAAAGGGCACUUUAGCAUUUGGGCUUUGAUGAAGGCUUCACUUAUUAUUGGUUGUGAUGUCAGAAACAUCACCGCUGAAACUUUAGAAAUUCUUUCCAAUAAAGAGGUUAUCGCUGUUGACCAAGAUCCACUUGGUGUUCAGGGUAGGAGAGUUUAUGCUUCCGGAUCAGAUGGUUGCGAGCAGAUUUGGGCAGGUCCCUUGUCUGGAAACCGUUUGGCCGUAGUACUCUGGAAUAGAUGUUCAAAGGCUGCAACUAUUACUGCUAAAUGGGGUGCAAUUGGAUUAGAAUCUUCUAUCGGCGUCUCUGUUAGAGACUUGUGGAAGCAUGAAGUUGUUUUGGAGAACACUGUGGGCUCAUUCAGUGCUCGGGUUGAUGCUCAUGGCUGUGAAAUGUACAUUUUAACUCCAAAGAGGGCGACUCUAGCUUCAAUCUGAUUAAAGUGUAAGAGGAGUUCAUUGCUUGUACAACCUUUCCAGGUGGGUGCUACCCCACCUCGCUAGACACAAAUCGUAGGCUUCCUCUGUUAUCUUUCUAAUCUAUAUCUGUGUCCAUCAGUUCUCUUCAUGGUCGAAUCUUUUACUAGUUUCCUUUGAACUUGCGAUCUAGUUAGUCAGCUUUGUAAAAUGCUCUCCCACAUGAAUAAACUUUUUAUGUUUGUUGAAGUAUGUGACAUUAUUGAAAGUUUUUCUGGAAAUAGGCUUCUUCAACUGUUGUUA